UGCCUCUCCAGCCUCAGCGGAGAGCGGGUCAGGCUGUCUGGGAGCAUGAAGUUGUUGCUCCUCUGCGCCCUGUGCCUGGUCCUGGGGUGCUGCCAGCAGGGGGGCGCCCUGGAUGGAGGGAUGCUGUACCCCCGGGAAUCUCCCUCCAGGGAGCUGAAGGAGCUGGGAGGCCUCUGGAGCUUCAGGGCAGACUGGUCAGAGCGCAGGGAUGCGGGGUUUGUGGAAGGCUGGUACAAGAAGCCUCUCUCCCAGUCUGGGCCAGUGAUUGACAUGCCCGUCCCCGCCAGCUUCAACGAGAUCACGCAAGAUCCAAAGCUGCGUCAGUACAUCGGCUGGGUUUGGUACGAGAAGGAGGUGUUCCCGCCAGCCCGCUGGCUCCUGAGAGAUCCUGGGACACGAGUGGUGCUCCGGGUUGGCAGUGCAAACUACUACUCGAUCGUGUGGGUGAACGGGGUCCAGGUGACUGAGCACGAGGGCGGACACCUCCCCUUUGAAGCAGAGAUCAACCAUCUCCUCCGCGAUGCUCCAGGAGAGCCUUGCCGAAUCACCAUUGCUGUCAACAACACCCUGACGCCCCACACGCUGCCUCCGGGGACCAUCCAUUAUAUGGAGAACGAGUCCAUGUACCCCAAAGGCUAUUUUGUUCAAGACACAUCGUUUGACUUCUUCAACUACGCUGGGAUCCACCGACCUGUCCUGCUGUAUACCACCCCCUUGGCCUACAUUGAUGACAUCACUGUGACCACAGACGUGAUGGGAAAUGUUGGCUUGGUGCAGUAUUUGGUUUCAGUCCGGGGCAGCCCCCGUUACUCCUUGACCCUGACACUGCGUGACCAAGAUGGUGUCACCGUGGCAACUGGAAACGGGUCUGCUGGCGAGAUGAAAGUGGUGAACCCUCUACUCUGGUGGCCGUACCUGAUGGAUGAACAUCCCGGUUACCUUUACUACCUGAAGAUCACGCUUUCUGCCGAGGUGGACGGCACUGUCUCCGAAGAUACUUACACGCAGCCGGUAGGCAUCCGGACUGUGCAGGUCACCCGCAACAAGUUCCUCAUCAACGAGAAACCGUUCUACUUCCAUGGGGUCAACAAGCACGAAGACUCUGAUAUCCGUGGCAAAGGGCUGGACUGGCCCCUCAUCAUGAAGGAUUUCAACCUCCUGCGCUGGCUGGGCGCCAAUUCCUUCCGUACCAGCCACUACCCCUACGCCGAGGAGAUAAUGGAGCUUUGUGACGCUUACGGCAUCGUGGUGAUCGAUGAGUCUCCGGCCGUGGGCAUGAAGUACAGCAUAAACUUUGGCAACAAAAGCCUCCAGCACCACCUCAUCGUGAUGGAGGAGCUGAUCCGCCGCGACAAGAACCGUCCCUCGGUCGUGAUGUGGUCAGUGGCCAAUGAGCCGGCCUCUUCGCUGGCCCCAGCCGGCUCCUACUUCAAGGAGGUGAUCACUCACACCAAAGCCACGGACCCCACGCGCCCAGUCACGUUCAUCACAAAUGCCAAUUACGCUCUAGAUCUUGGAGCCCCUUACGUGGACGUCAUCUGCGUAAAUAGCUACUUCUCCUGGUACCACGACUCUGGACACCUGGAGGUCAUCCGCCUGCAGCUGAACUCUCAGUUUGAGAACUGGUACCAAGCUCACCAGAAGCCCAUUAUCCAGAGCGAGUAUGGAGCAGAUGUCAUCGCUGGCCUCCACAUGGACCCACCUCUCAUGUUCUCUGAGGAAUACCAGACGGCUGUGCUGAAGGAGUAUCAUGCUGUCCUAGACCAAAAGAGGAAGGACUAUGUGAUUGGAGAACUCAUCUGGAAUUUCGCUGACUUCAUGACGGACCAAGGCACAACGCGCGUUUUGGGUAACAAGAAAGGUAUUUUCACCCGCCAACGGCAACCCAAAUCGGCCGCCUUCGUCCUAAGGGAGAGAUACUGGAAGCUGGCUGAGGAAUGCAGGCCCUUUGCGCGGCCCAAUUACCAUAAUAUUGGUUUCCCCCAAACUCAGGCCUCCAACUGCACUUGAUUUACGCUGUUACGUUAAGCACAGCAGAAGAAAUUCAAGGAGAGGCACUACUGAGCAUCCAAAUAAGAGACUAAAUUUCCGUGACUGUUUUUGCUCCAAUGUGUUUUCUUCAUGAAAGCAGGGGAGGGACCGCAGUUCUGCUCUUCCGUCUGACAAAGCCAAAGGAACAUAAAUGAAAACGGGCAAAGAUUUUCUUGUAGAACCAUAGAAUUGUAGAGUUGUGACCCCGAGGGUCAUCUAGUCCAACCCCCUGCAAUGCAGGAGGAACUUCAAGUAAAGCAUCCAUGACAUUUUCAUUUUGAACAUGUUUAUAGAUUCUGGUUUACACAAAGCCAGUGUAGCCUUGUGUAAUGAUCACCGCAAUCUCUUGGGUCUUUUUGACAAGUAUGGUGUACAGGUGAAACUCAGAAAAUUAGAAUAUCGUCGAAAAGUGGAUUUAUUUCAGUAACGCAACUUAAAAGGUGAAACCAAUAUAUGAGAUAAGAUGCAUGACAUGCAAAGCAAGAUAUGUCAAGCCUUUAUUUGUUGUAAUUGUAAUUAUUUGUCGUUAGGCGGGUCAAUUACAAAUGGAAUGUAAUUAAUGAAAUGUAAGAGCGAUGUUUAUUUUAGUAUUAUUGUAACUAUUUGUUUUAUUACUGUGGAAUUUCCAAAAGAAAGUGUUUGUAAAAAUUAAAAGAAAAAUAAAUAAUAAUAAGUUGCAUUACUGAAAUAAAUGCACUUUUUGACGAUAUUCUAAUUUUCAGAGUUUCACCUGUAUGAGCAAGAAGCUGCUGGAUCAGCAGAAACGCUUGUCUAGUUCAGUGGCCAACCGGAUGCCUAUUCUGGGAAGCCCCUGAGCAGGAGAUUAGCACAACAGACACACUCUUCCCACUUGUAAUUCACAGCAAUUGAUAGAGCAUAGCUAUUGGUGGCCUUAACCACCAUGAAUUUGUCCAAGUUGGUGGCCAUCACUGUUCCAUAGUUUAACUAUGCAGUGGGUGAAGGAAUUAUUUUGUCUGUCCUGAAUCUUUCAACAUUCAGCUUUAUUGGAUGACCCUAUUGAGUGCUAGCAUCAUAUGUGAGGGAGAAAAACUUCU